UUGUUUUAUCGCCGAGCCAACAGAAAACUUAUCCCAACUCAACAGCACAGCACACACCCCAGCGACCUUGUGUCAAUCUUCUUCAAACUCCAUCUUCCUCUUCUUCAAACCCCAAACAUGGUGAUGGCUUCGUUGGGUGUUUCCCAAGCCAUCUUCUUCUCCAACACCACUACAACUACAACUCCUUCUCGUUUCAAUCUCUACCCACACAAACCACCGUCCUUUCCUCUUCAAACCAACCCCUCAAUUUCAAUUUUCCCCCGAAAGAAUCGCACCCCUCAGUUCUUCCGUUGCACCCCCAAUUCCACUAACGACACUUCUCUUAACUGGGAUUGGAAUCGGUGGUGCCGCCAUUUCUCUGAUAUUGAACAGGCUGAAAGCUUCGCCUCUCUUCUUAAGUUUCAACUUGAAGAUGCUGUUGAGAAAGAAGAGUUUCAAGAAGCGGCGAAGUUAAAGAAGGCUAUAGAAGAAGCAACGUCCAAGGACAGUGUUGCUGAAAUUAUGUCUCAGUUGAAGAAUGCCAUAGAUGAUGAGCGCUACCAUGAUGCUUCGAGAUUAUGCAGAUACACUGGAAGUGGACUGGUGGGUUGGUGGGUAGGAUACUCAAAAAAUUCAGAGGACCCAUUUGGUAGAUUAAUACGGAUAAGUCCUGGUAUGGGCAAGUUUGUCGGCAAGAGUUACAGUCCAAGACAAUUGCUCACGUCAUCUACCGGAACACCGUUAUUUGAAAUUUAUGUGGUAAAAAAUGCUGACGACACAUAUCAUAUGCAGGUAGUGUAUUUGCGAAGAUCCAAAGGAAAUUCUACAAGUAAGCCUCCAUCUAUACCUGCUAAAAGCCCAUCCAAACCCGAGGUUGAGAAUUUGACUUCAGUUGAGGUGGAGGAACCUGAAGAGAAGGUAGAGGAGAGAAACGAUGAGAAAAACAGUAACAUUGAGACAGCAACUGAAGAGGGCAUUAAAAGUGUCAUAAAUUUUCUGAAAGAAAAAAUUCCAGGGUUGAAAGUUAAAGUUAUGAAUGUUAAUGUUGAAGAGGAAGAGAGAGAGGGUAGUGAUUCUAUUAAACAAAUCAUGGAGGAAGAUGGUAAUAAAACAAGCUCCCCUGAGAAUUCUGAAGGGGAAGUUAAUAAUAUGGACGGACCUGAUGAGAUCAAUCUAGAAGGUGACAUUGAUGCCUCGGAAGAAGAAAAGGAGUUAGAUUUGAAGCUUUUUCUUGGCGGGAUUGUACACAACAAUGAAGAUAAUGCGGCUAAAGAUGAAUAUACACGUCUUCCCGCGGAAAUAAAGAAUAUGGAAAGAGAUUCUUUCCUCUUCCAUAUACCUAGGAGAAAUCUCGACAAUGAUAGGAAAGCGGAUAAAGUUCGCAAUAUCAAAGUGGCAGCACUGGCAGCACAAGGGAUCUCAGAACUUAUGCCUUCUGAUGUUGCUAAGGCAUUCUGGAGUUCUGAUAAAGUCUCUUCUAAGGUUUCCAAAAGCAUGCGUGAAAUUGUCAAACUUGCUAUUAGCCAAGCACAGAAAAAGAGUAGAUUAUCUGAAGAUACAUAUUUUAGCCGAAUUACAAGUUCCGGUUCCAUAGGGGAUUUGGAUCCUUUCGAUGGACUCUAUGUUGGUGCAUUUGGCCCUUAUGGUAUUGAAAUAGUGCAAUUGAAGCGAAAAUUUGGACAUUGGAAUGAUGCGGACGACGAAAACAAGUCUUCUGAUAUCAAAUUUUUUGAAUAUGUUGAGGCAGUGAAAUUGACUGGGGAUCUUAAUGUUCCUGCAGGCCAGGUGACAUUCCGUGCUAAAAUUGGCAAAGUCAAUCGCAACACCAACCGUGGACUGUAUCCUGAUGAAUUAGGAGUGAAUGCAAGUUAUAGAGGCCAGGGGAGAAUAGCAGACUUUGGUUUCCAGAAUCCAAAAUGGGUUGAUGGGGAAUUGCUUCAACUUAAUGGCAAGGGCAUGGGACCUCACAUGAAAGGUGCAGAUCUUGGUUUCCUUUAUGUUGUGCCUGAUCAAAGCUUUCUUGUGCUAUUCAACCGGUUGAAACUACCUGAGUAAGCCACAAAACCCUUCCAGUUUCUUUCUUCCCUGACUAUCCGUUGGAAUAUGAAGGAUUCUGACAAUAGUGAUGAGAGUAUGUUAGUUUUCUUCAUUAAGCUAUAGUUUUACUCACUCAGACACGCAGGCACUUGUAAUUUUUCUAGCCUCUCAAUGCCUUUUAAGAUUUAAUUUUUGGUUUUUCUCUACUCAAUCUCUUUAAUAUCAUAUGUAUAUAUAAAUUUUGCUGAUUGACAAAAUAGUGUAGUAGGAACUAUAGAAAGACCUUAAGGGGGAUCCUGAUGUGCAUUAUGGUUAUGGCUGUGUGCCUUCUUUCUAUGCUUUGUGAACUUUAUGACCCCAUCAAGAAGAAUGAAUCUGGUUAAGGUA